AUGCGUUCCUCUCUAUUUGCGGGACUGGUUGGUGUGUCUGCUGUUGGUGCUGUUAAGCCCUUGGUGGAUGUGAGCUACUCCAAAUACCAAGGUGUUUCGCUUGAGAAUGGCAUUACACAGUGGUUGGGUGUGCGGUAUGCUGCCCCUCCGGUUGGCAAUUUGAGAUUCGCGGCGCCGGUUGAUCCGGUCAAGAACAAGACUACCAUUGUUGCUGAUACUGACUGUCUGUUCAUGAACAUCUACGCUCCUUCGAAUGCCACUUCAGACCACCCACUUCCCGUCUACUUUUUCAUCCAAGGCGGUGGCUUCAACACAAACUCGAACCCCAAUUACAACGGCACCGGUCUGAUUGAGGCAAGCAACCACAACAUUGUCGUUGUAAACUUCAACUACCGCGUUGGUCCCUACGGCUUCCUUGCCUCUGAUGAGAUUGUCAAGGGAGGCAGCACCAACAACGGUCUCAAGGACCAAAUCAAGGCUCUACAGUGGUUGCANAAGAACAUUCGCAAGUUUGGCGGUGAUCCCAAUCAUGUGGUUAUCGGAGGCGCAUCUGCAGGUGCUGCUUCCGUUACUCUUCUUCUUACUGCGCACAAUGGUCGCAAUGACAAUCUCUUCCACGCCUCGGCUGCCGAAUCUCAGUCUUUUGCUGCUGUUCGCAGUAUCAAUGAAUCGCAAUUCAUGUACGAUAACCUGGUCAUCCGCACUGGUUGCACGACUUCCAAGGAUACACUUGCUUGUUUGCGAAGUCUCAAUGCCACUUACCUCCAGACCAAAAACAUCAACACGCCUUUCCCUGGCGCUGAAGGUGCUCCGCUGUAUAUGUACGGCCCCACCCUCGACGGCGAUGUCGUCAGCGAUCUCACCAUGGCCGCCUACCGCAAAGGCAACUUUAUCAAGCUACCCGCCAUCUACGGCGACGACACCAAUGAAGGCACCGUCUUCGUCCCCGUCAACACUUCUUCCCUCGGCGAAAGCAACACCUUUCUCAAAAACCAAUUUCCUCUACUCACCACCGACCAAAUCCGCAAUAUCAAUGCUUUGUAUCCUAACAAUGCUUCCAACACUUUCCCGAACUCGGGGGCUUGGUGGAGGCAAGCUAGUGAUCAGUAUGGAGAGCUACGGUAUAACUGUCCUGGCAUCAAUAUCUCUGAUAUUUAUGCUGCAAAUNNUCUCAACCGCAAGGAUAUUUAUAACUAUCAUUGGGAUGUCGUUGAUCCUGUUUCUGCAGCUGCUGGUCGUGGAGUCACGCAUACUGUGGAAAUCAAUGCGAUCUGGGGACCUGAGAAUGUCAGAGGUAAUGCGCCUGCCUCUUACAGCACUGUUAAUGCUGCUAUUGUGCCAGUGACGCAGGCCUACUGGACUUCCUUCAUCAGAAGCUUUAACCCCAAUACGUAUAGAUUGAAGGGCAGUCCGACUUGGGAGGCUUGGACGCAGGGGCAGAAGCAGAGAAUGCAUUUUGUUACUAAUGCUACGAUGAUGGAGAAUGUAGAUGAGGGGCAGAAGCAGAGGUGUGCUUAUCUGAGCAGUAUUGCGUUGGAUAUCAAGCAGUAG